AUGGUUAAAAUAUUGUACAACCACGGGAAGAGACACCAUGUGCUGGGAUACGCGCUAGCCAAGGAGCACGAUGCAGUAAGUGUAGAGUAUUCUAAUGAAAAGGAAGAAGGAUGCUUCAACUAUCCCUCGCUGCUAUCUUUAUUGCAAAGCAUUCCUUCGCUAUCUCUUGAGUCAAUGGGGUACCUUGAAGAGUGGAAGAUCGGCAUGGCGUACCCAAAGGUUAUUGAAGUAUCAAAUGUGCUGGAGAGCAGCGAUUUGGAAAGUCUGCAGGAGACCCAGAAGACGCUUCUGUUUUUUCUUUUGUACUCUGAGACAAUUUUUGUCAAUUUGCAGAAAGCAGGGAAAUUAAAAAGCGCCCAGCCUAAACUAGACGCCUUCUACACAGAACAGCUGAAUCGGCACGCAGAGACACUGAAAGAGUACGAGAGAGAAAAGAAGAAAGAUACAACAAAGCCAGAAGACCAGGCAUCGUUUGACAUCGGUCUUCCAGAAGGAUACAACGUAGUCACGAGAUUCCCUCCCGAGCCAAGCGGCUAUCUCCACAUUGGCCACGCAAAAGCAGCCCUAUUGAACCAGUACUUCGCAGAGAGAUAUAACGGAAGGCUGAUAGUGCGAAUGGACGACACAAAUCCCUCCAAGGAAACAGGAGAGUUUGAAGAAACAAUACUAGAGGACAUCGCGCUGCUGGGAAUAACAAAGUACACACAGACAAGAACAAGCGAUCAUUUCGACACGCUUAUAAAACUCGCCAAGGACAUGAUAGGGAAGGGCAUGGCGUACUGCGAUAAUACACCUGUGGAACAAAUGCGCAUGGAAAGAGACAAAGGCAUACACUCAAAAAAUAGAGACACUUUGAGUCCAGAAGAGUCGCUAAAAAUAUUUGACAAAAUGAUAAGCACAGACGAGUGUGAUGACUACUGCGUGCGCGCCAAGAUAAACAUGAGCGAUCUGAAUAAAGCCAUGCGAGAUCCUGUGAUAUACAGAGUGAACACCACACCCCACCACCACACAGGAGCUAAGUACAGGGUGUAUCCUACGUAUGAUUUUGCAUGUCCCAUAGUUGACAGCAUAGAAGGCGUCACUUUGGCUCUGAGAACAAACGAGUACAGGGACAGGAAUGCCCAGUACAUGUGGUUUAUAUCUGCGCUGAGCCUGCCCAAUAGACCCAUUAUAUGGGACUUUUCUCGGCUCAACUUUAAAAAAACAGUGCUAAGCAAAAGAAACCUGAAACAGCUGGUGGAGCAGCACAGAGUGUCAGGCUGGGACGACCCAAGAAUGCCAACAGUGAGAGGAAUACUGAGGAAAGGCCUUACGCAGCAGGUGCUGAAGGAGUACGUUAUAAUGCAGGGCCCAUCUAAAAACACAGUGCUACUCGAGUGGGAUAAACUGUGGUCUAUGAAUGGAAAAGCAAUAGAUAAGGCAGCCAAGAAAGUGCAUGGAAUAAGUAAAGAAGACAUGGUUUCUAUCACGCUAGCAGAUAGCAAGGAGGCACAGAGCGAUGAGCCCAUAGACAGAAUAGUAACGAAUACAGUGUAUGUUCAGGGGAAAGACCUAAAGGACGCAUCAGUUGCAGUGGGUGAUGAUAUCACACUGAUGGGCCUGGGGACGUAUAAAGUGGAGGCAGAAGAUCCCAUUACAGUUACAUCGCACAAGGUGCACCCAAAGAACACGAAAGCGAGGCUCACCUGGGUGCCGCAGCAGAGUGUUGAAGUGCGAACAGUGGAGUACGGGGAUUUGAUCACAGUUGACAAGAUGGAAGACAAAACGAUAAACGAAGUGUUCAACGAAGACUCAAAGAGCGAAGAGAUUCUUCAGUGCGAUGAAAGGAUUAAGGCAGCAAAGAAGGGAGAGUUUGUGCAGAUAGAGAAGAGAGGCAUCUAUUACGUAGACUCGGUAAACCCCAUCGUUCUAAACUUAGUUCCAUCCACUAAACAGAACAAUAAAAAAUAA